AUGAAUAAAAGAUAUCCCAUAAACAAACAAACAAAAUAUGAUAUUAAAGCUAAUCCUAUUCAAAAGAAGAAUUAUAAAUUGAUAAGUUUUAUUAGAAAGAGAAUUGAAUAUGAUUCAAGAAUUAAACAAGGGGAUUUUAUUGUUGGAAAUAUGAAUAAAAUAUUUUAUUUGACAUACAAAUAUCAUAGUACAAACAUAAAAUACCUUGAAGAAUGUAUUCUUCCAUUAAUUGAAGAAAGUAAUGAAUAUUUAAAUAUUGUAUUAUUUGUUAUAGAUUGUCAAAAGAAUGAAAUAAAAGAAGAAAUAAUACAAGACAUCAAUAUAAAAUUAUUUAAUAAAAAAUGUACAUUAAUUAUUGCACAAAGUUAUUCUGAUGCUGCUCAUUAUAUUGAAGAAUUUAGUGUUAUAGAGAAUAAUCAAAAUGAAUUAACUAAUCAAAUAAAUGAAAGAACACAAAUAAUAAAUGCAUUAUCAAUGAUUAAAGGGAUAAAUUCACAAAAUGCAUAUGAUUUAUUAAUGAAAUUUAAUACAAUAAAGAGAAUUGGAGUAGUUGAUAAAGAAGAAUGA